GCCCCGGAGGGCAGUGGCAAAAGUUUGCCUUGGGAUCCUCUGGGGCAGAGACUGAGCGAACAAGUUCAGGGGGAGGCGACAGGGUCCGGGUGCUGAGCGAGGUGGCUGGACAAGCCUAGCGGAGAGAAACCUGAGGCCACGAGCGAUUUCCGGAGGAGCCCCUAGACUGGAGUCUUAGCUGAGACAGGCAGCAUGCAACCAGCCCAGAUGCGCUUUGCAGAACGAGAGCCUCUUCCUGCAGUCAGGCCUGCACGCCUUCAAGAACCCACCACCACUGUCUCAACUGUUCCCUGAAAUGAACGUUCCUGGCGCGCCCUCUCGUGGACAGUCGAGGUAACCAUCUGUCUAUAGGAAGACAUGGCAACCACGCAUGCGCAGGGCCACCAGCCAGUCUUGGGGAAUGACACGCUCCGGGAACAUUACGAUUACGUGGGGAAGCUGGCAGGCAGGCUCCGGGACCCCCCUGAGGGUGGUACCCUCAUCACCACCAUCCUCUUCUUGGUCACCUGUAGCUUCAUCGUCCUGGAGAACCUGAUGGUUCUGAUUGCCAUUUGGAAAAACAAUAAAUUUCACAACCGCAUGUACUUUUUCAUCGGCAACUUGGCUCUCUGCGACCUGCUGGCCGGCAUAGCCUACAAGGUCAACAUUCUGAUGUCCGGCAGGAAGACGUUCAGCCUGUCUCCAACAGUGUGGUUCCUCAGGGAGGGCAGUAUGUUUGUAGCCCUGGGCGCAUCCACCUGCAGCUUAUUGGCCAUUGCCAUUGAACGGCACCUGACCAUGAUCAAGAUGAGGCCGUAUGAUGCCAACAAGAAGCACCGCGUGUUCCUUCUGAUUGGGAUGUGCUGGCUAAUUGCCUUCUCGCUGGGUGCCCUGCCCAUCCUGGGCUGGAACUGCCUGGAGAACUUUCCCGACUGCUCUACCAUCUUGCCCCUCUACUCUAAGAAAUACAUUGCCUUCCUCAUCAGCAUCUUCACCGCCAUUCUGGUGACCAUCGUCAUCUUGUAUGCACGCAUCUACUUCCUGGUCAAGUCCAGCAGUCGCAGGGUGGCCAACCACAACUCCGAGAGAUCCAUGGCCCUUCUGCGAACCGUUGUGAUAGUGGUGAGCGUGUUCAUCGCCUGUUGGUCCCCCCUUUUCAUCCUCUUCCUCAUCGACGUGGCCUGCAGGGCAAAGGAGUGCUCCAUCCUCUUCAAAAGUCAGUGGUUCAUCAUGCUGGCUGUCCUCAACUCGGCCAUGAACCCUGUCAUCUACACGCUGGCCAGCAAAGAGAUGCGGCGUGCCUUCUUCCGGUUGGUGUGCGGCUGUCUGGUCAAGGGCAAGGGGACCCAGGCCUCACCCAUGCAGCCUGCCCUCGACCCAAGCAGAAGUAAAUCAAGCUCCAGUAACAACAGCAGCCACUCUCCAAAGAUCAAGGAAGACCUGCCCCACGUGGCUACCUCUUCCUGCAUCGUUAACAAAAACAGGUCGCUUCAGAAUGGGGUCCUUUGCAAGUGACGGCCUCCACAAGGCAAUCUCUGCAGCCACACCUAUUUAUUGCAUGCAUUACUUCCACAUGGGGCCUUAAGAGAUCUUGACUCUGGAGGUCUGCUUGAUGUGGCCAUACUAUGUGGUAUCUCCUGAGGAGGAGACCCAAGGAGUCGCCAACACAUUUCAGCCUGGACAUGGAUGUGCCUUACUUGUUGCAGGCUCCAUCCUUCUGAAUGUACCAAGCUGCUGACAUGGUCCACUGCCUCUGGAUGCCGCUUUCCCUAGUCCAGGGAGGGCAGGUGGUGAUAUGCUAUGCACAUGCACAUCGGGAUGAUCCUACUUUCACACUACAUUUAUUUUUUCAUAGAAUGGGUGCUUGUGUAUGUGUUUGUCCGUUGCUGUGUUGUACAGGAGGUGUACGCCUGUUUUUCCCAGAUGGAGCACAUUGCAAAGUGUCAGUCCUCCACACAUCGUGUAAUGGUUGGUCCAAACCUGCCCACACUGCUAUACCAGGUUCAGCAUGUGAUAAGCUGAUGUGCCCUUCCCAGGGCCCCUGCACUGGUACCCUCGUUCAUAGCUGUGAAAAGCUACUAAAGUAUUCUGUAUUCUCAAAAGCCUCACCCAAGAGCAGCCCAGGUGUAUGGGUCCUACCCUUACAUUCCUGCGCCCCUCCCUCUUGGGUCCCUUGCAUAAACUUAAGUACACCCGAAAGCCAAAUUAUGUGAUCAUUGAGGCAUUUCUGAAAACCACAGAAAAGCCAGUCAGGAUCUCUCUCAGAAUGCCGGCGUCACUAAAGGAAGAGCUCAUAAAGGAGAGGCAAGGUGCUCUCCACCAUGGUUCAUCUUUCCAGGGGACUGCAGUCAGUCUGCCACAUGGAGAGAGUUUCCAGCAGUGACAUUCACGAGCCAGCUCUUCCUCUGUAUGGCCCUGAGUUCAAGUCUAUGGAGAGAAGCUUGAGGCCGGUUGUCCCCUUUGCUGUCACCCUUUUGCUGUCAAGGAGCUGGAGAGGUCAGCAGAGCUUCUCCACUCCCUCAAUUAUGGACCCUGACCAGGAUUCAGUGAGGGGGAUUCGCCACGCUGGGAGGCAUGAUGGGGUUAUGUGUGCACUCUUUAGAGAGAACCAUUCCCAUUCCCGUACGGUGGACCCUCCAGACACUCUCUGUUGCUUGGACCUGUGUUCCUCUGUCCAUCCUGUAAAGAAAAUGCGCAGAAGACACCUGUGAACAUCCCCUCCCCCAAGGACUCCACCCAUGGGACUCGCAGAUGAAAGGUGGGUGUGUUGGAGAGAGUGGCCAGCUCCCCAUAAGUUGAUUAGCAUCAGAGACCAUUGCCUUGCAAACCCUGGAAGAGCAGCCUUUACACACCCACAGGCCUUUUUAAAGCUAGUUUUCUCUUAGUGGUCACCUGAUGGCAUUUGCUCUUGCUUAGGGACAUUUUCCUAGGUCCAGGUAACCAUGGUCUGACUAACUAAAGACUUCCCCUUGUGUCACUCCUGGUGGAUAUAGGUUACUGCCAAGAAACUCUGCUGGAUCACUGGCCCACCUCUUCUCUAUGUCACUGAGAAAAUAACUUAUUCUCUUGUCAACGGUGUUGACAAAAUCCAAGGCAUUUCUGGAAAAGGAAAGCAUGCAAGUGCUGGGUUAAGAAAAAAAUAAAUAGUAGAGCAGUGUGUAGGGGAGUUGAGGGGGAAAAAGAAUGGGGCUUGUGGACAUGCUCCACGAAAGCAUGAUUGGAAUGCUUUGAGGCCAGGGAUCUGGGUCACUAAUAUUAAUCACACAUUGUACAUGACCCUGACUUUUCCAUUUCCUCCUGCGUCUGCUUUCACUCAACAGCCUUUGUGGAGGCUCACCAUUCCCAGCUAGGAGGUGACAUUUGUAGCACGACUGACUGCCAAGCAAUUGAAAAUAAAAAUACACUAAAACCUAAUUGUGCUCACUUGAUGUAUGCCAAAUGGAUCCAUCAGCCAUGAUGCCAGUAUGCACUCCUUUCCCUAGCUAGCCACCAAGAUAGCAUUGAGACAUUGAGUGCAUCCAACCCUCACCCCGAAGAUCGGAAACAAGUGACACCAGAGACCCUGGGGCCCACCCAAGGUAGUGUGAGUGACCUCUACUACUUGCAGUUUAUGUUUGUUAAUAAUAAAACCAAAAGCCUUUAUAUAAACCCA